AUGGAACAUUUACAUGUUGUCCCUUUAAACGAACUAUGUUUGGUCAUCUUCAAUAUUUUAAUGCAUAGCGCUAAUUGUGAUCCACUCUUGUAUAUUCCAGACGAUGAUCUAGCUCUAUCUAUGGAUGGGGAAGGAUAUGGGUAUGACCAGCCUGGAGAUGGUGACUUUAAAAAGAGUAAACAAACCCUGAUACUGAACCAUGGAUUGGACAAAGCACAAGUGGUGGUAACAGACCGGAUAACUCUUCAUGAUAAACCUUGUUAUAAAACUGGGUAUGGUCGACUUCCGGUAACUUUUGCUCCCAGCCCAGUUAUUGAGAAACAGCCAGUUUCCAGUACUGUAUAUUUUGCUCAGCCUCCCAACUAUCUGGGGUUAUCCAUUAUAACUUGUAUGUGCUGUUUCUGGCCUAUUGGUAUAGCUGCUACAUGUUAUUCUAUUGGGUCUUCGAAUGCAGCUGAACGGAUGGACUUCGCGACAGCUAAAUCAAAUGGACAAAUAGCUAAAAGAUUGUGUAUUGCGGCAAUAAUUUGUGGAAUUACCAUGUACGUUCUGUGUGGAAUCCUGAUUCAUAAAUAUGUGGUGAUGACGCCUUAA